AUGUGGAUCAUCUCUUUCUGGGUGUUCCCCGUCAUCUCGGCCUGCAUGUGGCUGGCCAUGCUGAUUGCCAUGAUAUCGGUAUGGGCAGUAGAUGGAAAGCCACACUACUACAACAUGCCAGCGACUCGAACGAUCCCUUUCAUCUCAGAUAUUGGAGCUACAGGAUUGCAGCCCUUGUUCAUAGCCGGUUCCUGCGUCACCGUCGUCUUUCUGGAUCUCUCCUUCUUAGCGGAGCGAUGGCUGCGACACUCGGGACAGCUGGCGCGGAAUAAGGGGCGCUUUGACAAAGCAUGCUCAAUUAUCUCUAUUAUCUUCUCUAUUGCCGGAGCGGCCGGGUUGAUUCUGCUCUCUUGUUUCAAUGACAGGGAUUAUGAUCGUCUUCAUGAUGCGUUUUUGGGCUUGUUUAUUGCGGCAUACAUCAUCAGUGCUAUCUUUAUUUGCAUUGAGUACUUGCGCAUCGGUAUCUUUUACCGCAGGCAGCACAGCAUUCUUCUUAUUAGCUUCUGGAUCAAGAUCUCCUUCGUUAUCAUAGAGCUCGCCCUGGCCAUUGCCUUUGGCGUGUUGCACAAUAAUACCGACGAGGGAAACUCAGUCGCCAUCAUCGAAUGGGGUAUGCAUUUAUCAUUAAUCAGUCGUUCCAACCACAUGCUAAUUCUCCUGCUGCAAGUCAUCGCUUUGGUAUUCACCUUCUAUGUCCUCUCCUUUGUCGUGGACUUGCUACCAUCCGUCCGCACGCGCCGCCAUGUCCCUCAAGGCGAGAAAAUGCUACACAUGCAACAAACCAUGAGCUCCGGUGCAGCCGGUCAGCCGCAGGACGUCAUCUACGAGGAGCCAUUGACCACGGACUCCAUGGGCGACAGAGGCAACGUCUACCGCGGCCAUGUUGUCAAUGGACGACAAACGAACGGCGCCUAUCUGCCUCGAGAUUUCUGA